CAUAUAAACCUCUGAAGCAACAUUUCCCAGAUCAUUUGCCAUUGAAAUUUCAAACCCUACGCUGAAGAUACACCGCGUUCCAAGUGAAUUUAAUUGGAUAUACUAGUGCAGAAAACAAGCAACCCAUUAAGACUUAUUCAAUCACAAACAACUCUCAAAUGGCGUCCAAAGAAAACAUUGCGGACAACAUGGAGAAGUUCUCGCUUAAGAGCCCCAGCAAGAAAAUUCUGACUGAGAGCUCCAGCAACGUUCGCAAAAUGUCCAUUGGCCACGAGGCGAACGGCCAGCUGGUCAAAGAGUCCUCCACGGAAAACGGAGUCGGAAAAUCUGCAAAUUCCCUUAUCGAAAAGUCUGUAACUCCCUUCGAUCCCUCGCUGGAGCCCCUGCUGCGCGAGAAUCCCCGACGCUUCGUCAUCUUUCCCAUCCAGUACCACGACAUCUGGCAGAUGUACAAGAAGGCUGAGGCCUCUUUCUGGACUGUGGAGGAGGUUGACCUGUCCAAGGACUUGACCGACUGGCAUCGUCUCAAGGACGAUGAGCGUCACUUCAUCUCGCACGUGCUGGCCUUCUUCGCCGCCUCCGAUGGCAUUGUUAAUGAGAACCUCGUGGAGCGCUUCAGUCAGGAGGUGCAGAUCACGGAGGCCCGCUGCUUCUACGGAUUCCAGAUCGCCAUGGAGAACGUGCACUCGGAGAUGUACAGCGUGCUGAUCGACACUUACAUCCGGGAUCCGCACCAGCGAGACUAUCUGUUCAACGCCAUCGAGACGAUGCCAGCGGUGAAGCGCAAGGCGGACUGGGCCCUGUCCUGGAUCUCCUCCAAGUCCGCCAAUUUCGGGGAGCGCAUCAUCGCCUUUGCCGCCGUGGAGGGCAUCUUCUUCAGCGGCAGUUUCGCCUCCAUUUUCUGGCUAAAGAAACGCGGUUUGAUGCCGGGCCUGACCUUCUCCAACGAACUGAUCUCCCGGGACGAGGGAUUGCACUGUGACUUCGCCGUGCUGAUGUUCCAGCAUCUGGUUCAGCGACCCAGGCGCGAGCGCAUCAUCGAGAUCAUCCGUGAUGCGGUGGCCAUUGAGCAGGAGUUCCUCACCGAUGCCCUGCCCGUAAACCUUAUUGGCAUGAACUGCGACCUCAUGUCGCAGUACAUUGAGUUCGUGGCGGACCGUUUGCUGGUGGAAUUGGGCGUUGGAAAGAUCUACAACACCAAGAACCCGUUCAACUUCAUGGAGAUGAUCUCCCUGGACGGCAAGACCAACUUCUUCGAGAAGAAGGUGGGCGAGUACCAGCGUAUGGGCGUGGCCAGCAACCGCCUGGACAACGUCUUCACCCUGGACGCCGAUUUCUAGGGCUGGACCCAGGUCAUCAUUGUCACAAUUUUAAACACUUAAGGGCUGGCUUCUCGCAUAUUUUAUAUCUUAAUCUGACGGAGUUUAUGUGUAGUCCGUUUUAUUUUUACCUAGGCUAAGAACAAUCACUGACUUUCAGCUCAUUCUAAAUCGUUAUUAGGACCUCCACAAAGCGCCAAACCCAAACAAUUUUUGACACACUUGACUGGGAGCGUACUUUUCUCGAAUUCAUUGUACAUACAUCAUUUUAAUUAAAUAUAUAUACAUAGACAAUUACUAAGCACUACAAA